GUUUUCCAUUGUCGUCAAAACAAACAACCCAGGUUCUCAAACCUGGAUUAGAAAAUCAGGCUUCCACACAACCUGGUUUCGUCGUGUGACUUGGGGCACCUUCCCCUUUCCGCGUCCUUUCCCUGUGUGACUUGGGGCACCUUCUCCUUUUCGCGUCCUAAGUUCGACAAAAGUGGUAAUCACAUACCACGGGAAGCUGAUCGAGUUGGUUUUUCUGCGUGAGCUCAGGAAAAACCGUGGGUCGCUGAAGAAUCUGGCGUGCCUUUUGUCCGGUAGGAAUGCAGCAGCAAAUGGAGAUGGAGGAAAGACGCGGGAGCCUGGAGGUAUAUCUGCUGCGCCUGGUUGAAGAUUACCAUCAGAACACCAACCUCAUCCGUGAGAACGCAGAUGUCCUCUGUUUCCCAGAAAAGUCUACAAAGGCUGCCUUACGUGCCGCUCAACGUGUUUCAGAACUUCUAUUGGACACUGUCAAUGGAGGAGUGCAAGUGUCUUUCACAAACGAAAAGCUCAUUGAAGCUGAGAUACGUGCAUUAGCAGUUACUGUCGCGAGAUAUUUGAAGCAAACCAAUCAAUGGCUUGCCACUUCGCACUCAAUGAACUCAAUAUUAAAGAUUGGGGACUUCGAAAACUGGAUGAAGACAAUGGAUUAUGAAUGUAAAAGCAUCAAUGCUGCAUUAAAAAAAAUAUGUAAUUCAUGAAAGUGGAAGACUCCUCAUAUUUUUUCUGCUAUGUACCAUAUCGAGUGUAAGUGGUGGCAAAUAUACAAUGAGGGAAGCUCCUCUAUCACAUACAUUCCAUUCUUUUCUGCGGCUGUCUUUGUUUAUCAAGAUAAUAAGUUAUCUGAAUUGUUGCUGGUAAUGAA